UCUCGCGAGAAAACACCUCGGCGGAAUGGACCUCGGUGGCAAUGGCGGAGGGCUGCCGGUAAACAAUAAACAGAGAGCAAUGACGCCGAAUAAAAGCAGGGGGGAAUUCCCUCGAAAUUCAAGAAAAGAUUCAGACGGCCUGUCUGAGUCUCCGGAUCUGGAGUUUGAUUAUUCUGAUACAGACAAAUGGGCUUCAGAGCUGUCAGAGCUUUACAGCUACACCGAAGGACCUGAGUUUGCUCUGAAUCGGAAGUGCUUUGAAGAUGAGUUCAGCACUCAUGUGUCGGACAAAAAGUGGACGGAGCUGGACGCAGCUCAGCACAGAGCUCACGCCAUGCGGCUCCUGGACAGUCUGGAAGUCAUUGUUCGCGAGAAGAGGCUGAAGGUUGCCAGAGCCAUCCUCUACAUGACUCAGGGGACCUUUGCAGAGUGCAGCUCAGAGGCUGAGGUCCAAUACUGGACGAGAUAUAACAUUUUCCUGCUGCUCGAUGUUGGGACCUUCUCCGCUCUGGUAGAACUUCUCAACAUGGAGAUGGAUAACAGUGCUGCCUGCAGCAGUGCGGUCAGAAAACCGGCCAUCUCCCUCGCUGACAGCACCGACCUCCGGGUUCUGCUUAAUAUAAUGUAUCUGAUGGUGGAAACGAUCCAACAGGAAGAUCCGGCCGACAAGCCCGAGUGGAAGGCCAUGAGGGAAACCUUCAGAGCAGAACUGGGUUCUCCUCUGUUUAACAACGAACCCAUUUCUGUCACGCUCUUUGGGAUGGUCACCAAGUUCUGCAGCGGCCACGCCCCCCACUUCCCAAUGAAAAAAGUGCUACUGUUGUUGUGGAAAAGCAUUCUGUUCACCCUUGGAGGCUUUGAGCAGCUCCAGAGCUUGAAGGUCCGUAGACGUCAGGAACUGGGUCUUCCUCCUCUGCCGGAGGACAGCAUUCGGGUGGUCCGCAGUAUGAGGGCGGCCUCUCCUCCCGCUUCAGCGUCCGACCUCAUCGAGCAGCAGCAGAAACGGGCUCGUCGUGAACACAAGGCACUGAUCAAACAAGACAACCUGGACGCUUUCAAUGAGAAGGACCCUUACAAGGCCGACGAUGCUCGUGACGAUGAGGACGACAACGAUGACAACGACAACUCUUUGGAGACGGAAACGUUUCCACUGGAAAGAGAUGAAGUGAUGCCUCCACCCAUUCCCCACCCUCCAUCUGAGAGGGUGUCCUUCCCUAAGGGCCUGCCAUGGGCCCCUAAAGUCAGAGAAAAGGAUAUUGAAAGUUUUCUGGAAUCAAGCCGAAGUAAAUUCAUCGGUUACACUCUGGGAAGUGACACGGACACAGUGGUUGGCUUACCCCGGCCCAUUCACGAGAGCAUCAGGACGCUGAAGCAGCACAAAUAUGUCUCCAUAGCAGAAAUCCAGAUGGCAAAGGAGGAGGAAUACCAGAAAACUCCUCUGUCGGGUGGAGAUGAAGAAAUGGAGAUGUCUGCUACGGAGCUGCUCUAUCAGGGAAUUCUGCCCAGCUUGCCUCAGUACAUGAUUGCUCUGCUGAAGAUCCUUUUGGCUGCUGCGCCCACAUCCAAAGCCAAAACCGACUCCAUCAACAUCCUGGCAGAUGUGCUGCCUGAGGAAAUGCCGACCACAGUCCUGCAGAGCAUGAAGCUGGGAGUCGACGUCAACCGGCACAAAGAGAUCAUCGUGAAAGCCAUCUCUGCCAUCCUGCUGCUGCUCCUGAAACACUUCAAACUGAAUCACGUCUACCAGUUUGAGUACAUGGCCCAACACCUGGUGUUUGCUAACUGCAUCCCGCUCAUCCUGAAGUUCUUCAACCAGAACAUCAUGUCCUACAUCACAGCUAAAAACAGCAUUUCAGUGCUUGACUUCCCACAUUGCGUCAUCCACGAGCUCCCGGAGUUAACCGCUGAGAGUCUGGAGGCUGGAGACAACAAUCAGUUCUGCUGGAGGAAUCUGUUCUCCUGCAUCAACCUGCUGAGGAUCCUGAACAAGCUGACCAAAUGGAAGCACUCCAGGACCAUGAUGCUGGUGGUGUUCAAGUCAGCUCCCAUCCUGAAGAGGGCGCUGAAGGUCAAGCAGGCCAUGAUGCAGCUUUAUGUUCUCAAACUGCUCAAAGUGCAGACCAAAUACCUGGGGAGGCAGUGGAGGAAAAGCAACAUGAAGACCAUGUCGGCCAUCUACCAGAAAGUUCGACAUCGCCUGAAUGACGACUGGGCGUAUGGAAACGAUCUGGACGCUCGGCCCUGGGACUUCCAGGCCGAGGAGUGCGCCCUGCGGGCCAACAUCGAGCGCUUCAACAGCCGCCGCUAUGACAAGAGCAACAACAACCCCGACUUCCUUCCGGUGGACAACUGUCUGCAGAGCGUUCUGGGGCAGCGAGUGGACCUGCCCGAGGACUUCCAGAUGAACUACGACCUCUGGCUUGAGCGGGAAGUCUUCUCUAAUCCCAUAUCUUGGGAGGAACUGCUGCAGUGAGAGUCGGACGGUCCUUUUUCUUUCUUUUUUUUUAACACAUUUUUAAUUCUGAGAGCCCAUCAGAGCUCUCAGGGAUCCGGGGAGCAGACCAAACACCGAAGGCAUUUAGCAUCAGUGGAAUGUGAGGCCCUAAAAAAUGUUGUCUUGUUGAAAUGGUUCCCUCUGCCUCACCUUUUGGAAUCAGUAGGAAUCAUGGAGUUGCCGUGUGUGCCUCUCACCUGCUGCAGGAGCUCGGACAGUAAGCAGAGCAAGUCCACUUAAAGAAAGUUUUCCUUGACAUGUUUCUGUGUGACGUGAAACGAAGGGGGCAAGCAUUCCACGGCAUCACAGCCCAGCAGGGACCCUGUGUGUUUUUCCCUCUGAUGGGAUGAGCUGCGUCUGCUCUGACCCGUUAGAGGUUUAGACUCUGAACAAACCAAAACGGAGCGUUGAGGAUCUGUUCUGGUGCUGCAACAUUAGAAACCCCCACAGAAGGGGACCAUCAUUGUUUUUAGGACGGUUCAAAGAAUUGGAGGAUAAAGUGUUAAUGAUGAAUUCUGUUUGUUAUAGGAACAUAUAUAUACUGUAACAAUCGCAGGGACUGCAGGCAAAGCUGGUGGUUUUAGAGAUUCCUCUGGAUGUUUGCUGCAGCUCUUAUUCCUGUUUUCAUAAUGUAGUAAAGACAGUUUUUCUCCUUUAGAGUUUGGAUCAUUUCUGUUAACCUGGUGCAUUAAAGUGAGAUAAUAACCCCACAGUUCAUGUUUUCUUUAAGACAUUAAAUGAGUAAAUCACUGUUGUCUCAAUGCCAUUAAGACUUUUUUUUAAAACGAAUAAACAUGAGACUGAAAAUCCAGCAGAUGCUGAGACUGUACAUUCAUAAGUUUAUCAAUAAAAUUUCUUUCUAACGUU